UCAUGGGCUUCUUUAAGUUUUAAUAGUUUAAGGGUUUGAAGUAUGAUUGAGACCCUUUUCAUUAGGAGGUAUGUUGAGGCUGAUCUUGUGGUUGGUGUGGGGAAUUAGGGUGUGAUGGAGAGAAAUUGAUGACUUGGUGGAGAGCUCUCAGGCUAAUAUCUGUGUAAUUGUCCUCAUGUAAACAUGCUUCACCUCAGCACAUAUGAUGAUUACUUCAUGGUGUUUUUCCUCUUUUAGUUUAAGAACUUGGGCGCGUGCGGUUGAGGCGUUUUCAUGUAGUACUAUAUCGAGGAUGAUCUCAAUAGUUGGUGUAGGGAAUUUGUUUGACUUGGUGGAGAGUUUAGGCUGAUCUCUCAGCAGUUGUCUUUAUAUGCAUUUGGGUUUUCAUCUUAUUGUAUGAAUUUGAAGUAUAGCCGAGACCCUUUUCAUUUGGUAAUAUAUUAAAGCUGAUCUCAUGGUUGCCGUGGGGAAUUAGAGACUGAAGCGAAGAAUUGGUGGCCGGGUGGAGAUAUUUAAUUUAUGCUCUCAUAAUUUCCUUCCUUGGGAUUCUUCAUGUGUUUCUUCCUAUAGAAGACUCUCGGACAACUACAGAAGUGUGAUAUGACUUGCUGCCACUUUUGCUUCGAACUUAAGAAGAAAAGGGAUCUUUCUCGUUCUCGAGAAAACUUUAGCGGUUCUUCAUCUGCCAAGAAUAUUAAGCUUUUCUCCUACCGUGAGCUGAAUUCUUCUACAGAUAAUUUUAGCCCAAGAAAUCAGAUAGGUCGAGGUGGUUUUGGAGCUGUCUACAAGGGACUUCUUAAGAAUGGAACACUACUCGCUGUAAAGAAGCUUUCUGCACAAUCAAGCCAAGGGGUCAAUGAGUUUCUGACCGAGAUUGAUAUCAUCUCGAAUGUAAAACAUUCAAACCUUGUCGAACUGCUUGGUUGCUGUCUUCAUAAAAGUGAACGGAUACUGGUGUAUGAAUAUCUUGAGAAUGGCAGCCUUGAUCGUGCAUUACUAGGUCGCACUAGUGAAAGGGAAAAGCUAAAUUGGGGGACAAGAUCUGCAAUUUGUUUGGGCACUGCAAGAGGCCUCAUGUUUCUUCAUGAAGAACUUGAGCCAUAUAUUGUACAUAGAGAUAUCAAAGCCAGUAACAUUCUCCUUGACUCAAAUCUCAUGCCAAAAAUUGGAGAUUUUGGAUUGGCCAAGCUUUUUCCUGAUAAUAUUACUCAUAUAAGCACUCGGGUCGCUGGUACGACUGGUUAUCUGGCUCCAGAGUAUGCAAUGCAUGGUCAAUUAACGAAGAAAGCUGACAUAUACAGCUUUGGGGUCCUUGUGCUCGAAAUAGUUAGUGGAAGAAGUAUAUCUGAUAUUCCUAGGUCAGAUAUGGAGAAGUUCCUUUUGGAAUGGGCAUGGCAACUUUAUGAAGAAGGAAGACUGAAAGAAGUCAUAGAUUCAUCUCUCCAAGAAUACCCUGAAGAAGAAGUCUUAAGAUACACCAAAGUUGCUCUUUUCUGUACUCAAGAAUCUGCUCAAAGAAGACCUUCGAUGUCUCAGGUUGUCGAGAUGUUAUCAAAACCUUUAAAGCUCAAUGAGAAAGAACUCAUGCCACCAGGCAUUGUGAGAGACUCUUCCGGAAAAGAUAGAGGAGGAUGGAGAGCAGCAAAUUCGUCAAAUUUGAGACUUAAAGGGUUGUCCUUUACUACGAGUAAUUCCAGUAAUCAGUUUAGUUCUGCUCCUGUUAGUGUCACAGAAUUGGUCCCUAGAUGAAAGUGUUGUGUGUACAUCAAGCUACAGUAUUUGUAAUCAGGGCUCUACUAAGGGUAAAUUUCAUGACAGCCCCUGAGCUUUGAGGGGUUUUUGCACAGAAUCUCCAAGAGCUUCGGGAAGUUUUACAGGACCCCCAACUACGAGAAUUCAUCAUUACAGAGUUAAGGAGUAAAACGAUACGUCUAGCAUAUCCUUUUUUUUAAAGAGGGAGAUGCAAAUGAGGGUAUUGACCAAAUUGUGUUUGGUGAUGAGCUGCAAAAAAGUUUCAUGUUUUGCCACUCGAGGAGCGCGUGACACGUUGAAGUUAAUAUUGUCAGUCAUGGUAACAAGUGAAACAAGUUUACGAGGACUUUGAGGAAUUUACGAUCUUUAUGGGAGUUAUUGUGCACCUCAUCCCAGAGUUGAGGUUUUGUUAAGAUUGCCCUUGGAUUAGUGACGAUGUAACUCCUUUAUUGACUCAUCAAUUGUAUUGAUGUUGGUUUCUGAA